AGAAUGGCUCGCUUCGCAGAAGAUCUACCCACCCGCUAUGGAGGAGGCGCAGGCGGCGGAGGGAGAGGUGCGCCGGGCGCUGGGAGAGGGGGAGCCCGGGGUGGUGGCGGCGCUCCGGGUGGCCAGAGGAUGUACAAGCAGUCGAUGGCCCAGAGAGCCCGGACAAUGGCCAUUUACAACCCGAACCCUGUCAAACAAAACUGCUUCACUGUCAACCGCUCCCUCUUCAUCUUCCGCGAGGACAAUCUCAUCAGGAAGUAUGCAAAGCGAAUAACAGAGUGGCCUCCAUUUGAGUACAUGAUCCUGGCUACAAUCAUCGCCAACUGCAUCGUCCUGGCCCUGGAGCAGCAUCUACCUGCCGGUGACAAGACACCUAUGUCAGAGCGCCUGGAUGACACAGAGCCCUACUUUAUUGGAAUAUUCUGUUUCGAGGCUGCCAUUAAGAUCAUCGCCCUGGGCUUUGCGUUUCACAAAGGCUCCUACCUCCGCAACGGCUGGAAUGUAAUGGACUUUGUGGUCGUCCUCACUGGAAUCUUGGCCACGGUGGGUUCAGACUUUGACCUGAGAACACUGCGAGCGGUGAGAGUGCUGAGACCCCUGAAACUCGUAUCAGGAAUCCCAAGUCUCCAGGUGGUGUUGAAGUCUAUAAUGAAAGCCAUGGUUCCUCUGCUUCAGAUCGGCCUGCUGCUCUUCUUCGCCAUUGUCAUGUUUGCCAUCAUCGGGGUGGAGUUUUACAUGGGCAAAUUCCACAACACCUGCUUCAAGAUCGACACUGGUGAGAGAGUAGCCAACUGGCCUUGUGGUCAGGAGCCCCCAGCCAGGACGUGUCCCAAUGGGACCCAGUGUAGAGAGUAUUGGACUGGACCCAACUUUGGUAUCACCAACUUCGACAACAUCCUGUUUGCAGUGCUGACUGUGUUCCAGUGCAUCACUAUGGAGGGCUGGGUGGACAUCCUCUACAGCACCAAUGAUGUGGCAGGAAACACCUGGAACUGGCUCUACUUCAUCCCUCUCAUCAUCAUCGGGUCCUUCUUCAUGCUCAACCUGGUUCUUGGUGUCCUCUCAGGAGAAUUUGCCAAAGAAAGAGAGCGUGUGGAGAAAAGGCAGGAGUUCCUGAAGCUUCGGAGGCAGCAGCAGAUAGAGAGAGAGCUCACCGGAUACUUGGAGUGGAUCUGCAAAGCAGAGGAGGUGUUGCUGGAGGAGGAGGACGAGAUUGCAGAGGAGAAGUCCCCGCUGGACGGUGCGUGGUACAAGAGGAAACAAAACCUUCCAGUCCUGAAACGAGGCAAAGCCAAGAAAGGUAAAAACGACCUGAUCGGUGCUGAGGAGGGCGAGGACCCUUUUGCUGACAUCUCCUCUGUUGCUCCGCCUGGCUCUCCGUUUGGUCGGGCCAGCGUGAAAAGCGGCAGCAAGAUGGACAGCUCGUCUUACUUCCGUCGUAAGGAGAAGAGGAUCCGCUUCUUCAUCCGCCGCAUGGUGAAGGCUCAGAGCUUCUACUGGAUCGUCCUGUGUCUGGUGGGACUCAACACUCUGUGUGUGGCCAUAGUUCACUAUGACCAACCUGAGUGGCUUACAAGGGCCCUCUACGCAGCAGAGUUCGUGUUCCUGGGUUUGUUCCUGACUGAGAUGACCUUGAAGAUGUACGGCCUCGGAGUGCGGAACUAUUUCCAUUCCUCCUUUAACUGCUUCGAUUUUGGGGUGAUUGUGGGAAGUAUUUUUGAGGUCAUCUGGGACAUGAUUAAACCAGGAGCAUCAUUUGGUAUCAGUGUGCUGAGAGCCCUGCGACUGCUCAGGAUAUUCAAAGUCACCAAAUACUGGAACUCGUUGAGGAACCUCGUGGUUUCCCUCCUCAAUUCCAUGAAGUCCAUCAUCAGCUUGCUCUUCCUCCUCUUUCUCUUCAUCGUGGUCUUUGCCCUGCUCGGCAUGCAGCUCUUUGGAGGACAGUUUAACUUUAAAGAUGAGACACCAACAACAAACUUUGAUACGUUCCCAGCGGCCAUCCUCACAGUGUUCCAGAUUCUGACUGGCGAAGACUGGAACGCCGUGAUGUACCACGGGAUCGAGUCUCAAGGAGGCGUUCGCCGCGGCAUGUUCUCUUCAGUCUAUUUCAUCGUCCUCACACUCUUUGGAAACUACACCCUCCUGAAUGUCUUCUUGGCCAUUGCUGUCGAUAAUCUCGCCAACGCACAGGAGCUGACUAAGGAUGAGGAGGAGCAGGAGGAGGCAGCCAAUAAGAAGCUCGCACUGCAGAAGGCUUUGGAGGUGAAGGAAGUCAGCCCGAUGUCGGCAGCCAACAUCUCGAUCGCUGCUUUUGUAAAGCAAAAUCGAGAUGCACUCUCUCGCAGGUCGUCCAUCAACAGCAUUCAGUCACCUAAGGAGCAGCAGCGCUCAGCAAAGGCCAUGUCAGUGUGGGAGCAAAGGACCAACCAGCUGAGGAGACACAACAUGAGGGCGAGCAGCGAGGCCCUGUUCAACGAGCUCGACCCAGAGGAGCGCCUCCGCGUGUCCUCCGCUCUCCACCUGCAUCCCGACAUGAAGACUCACCUGGACCGGCCGCUCGUGGUGGAGGCCAGGAACGGCGACAAACCCAGCAGGCCUCCUGAAGGAGGACGGGAGGAGGCAGGGGAUCCCCGACAGGAUGGGGUCGGAGACAACCUCCACACGCACUCCAGGAAGCAUCACCGCCACCGCGACAGAAACGGGGAGAGCAGAGACGGAGGCGACGGCAGAGGUGGAAGGCACCACAUCCAUCACAGCAGGAGCAGAGAUCACAACACCGACGGUGCCCAGACGAAAGAGAGGAGGGGGGAGAGGAGCCAAAGCCGCGACGGAGGGCAGGGUCACAGGCACCACCACCAGGCUGGCUCGCCUGAAGAGGAGACCACUGACACGCAAGGAUUAGGGUUAGGAGAAGAGAGGGGACACCGCCAUCACCACUCCCAUCGUCCACCAAAAGAGGGAAACGGGAUGAUAGCGAACGGUGCACAGGGAGAGUGCAAGGGGAGGGGGGGAGGAGGGGAUAGUAAUGGAGAGAGGAAGGCACGCUGCUCUCGCAUGGUCAGAGCUCAGUCGACUCUGGACGGAGACGACUAUAAGAGGAGCAAGAAUGGAAGCAGAGAUGCUGAGGACAACGGCCUCGCCUCCACUCCUCUGCAGCCAAUGCGCAGUAGCCUGAGUCUUGGAGAAAAGCAAGAGGAUGCUGACAACCAGAAGAACUCCACCAGGGCCAGCCAGGCUGGCCUCAACAGCAACGCCAUCCACAUCCCCGUCACCAUCACUGCCCCUCCAGGAGAGACCACCAUCAUACCCAUGAACAACAUCGACUGUGACACUUUCCGACUCAGUGAGGAGAAGAAAGAUCUGGAGGAAGAGGAGGCAGCUAAUGGGCCUCGGCAGAUCCUCCCCUACAGCUCCAUGUUCAUCUUCGGGCAAACAAAUCCGGUGCGGCGGCUGUGUCACUACGUGGUCAACCUACGCUACUUUGAAAUGUGCAUCCUGAUGGUCAUUACCAUGAGCAGCAUCGCCCUGGCAGCCGAGGACCCCGUGCAAGCCAACGCACCGCGCAACAACGUUCUGAAGUAUCUGGAUUACGUCUUUACUGGAGUCUUUACUUUUGAGAUGGUGAUUAAGAUGAUUGACUUGGGACUGCUCCUGCACCCUGGCUCUUACUUCCGCGACCUGUGGAACAUUCUGGACUUCAUCGUGGUCAGUGGAGCUCUGGUGGCCUUUGCCUGCUCGAGCCUUAUGGGAUCGCAACAAAGCGUGGCCAGAGGGACGAAAGGCAAGGACAUCAACACCAUCAAGUCCCUCAGGGUCCUCCGAGUCCUGCGGCCACUCAAGACCAUUAAACGGCUGCCCAAGCUGAAGGCCGUGUUUGACUGUGUUGUAAACUCUCUGAAGAACGUCCUCAACAUCCUCAUCGUCUACAUCCUCUUCAUGUUCAUCUUCGCUGUUAUCGCCGUGCAGCUGUUUAAGGGCAAAUUCUUCUACUGCACCGACGAGUCCAAGGAUCUGGAGAAAGACUGCAGGGGUCAGUUUCUGGACUACGACAGGGAUGACAUAACAGCUCAGCCCAGAGAGUGGAAGAAGUACGACUUCCACUACGAUAACGUUCUCUGGGCCUUCCUGACGCUCUUUACCGUCUCCACCGGGGAGGGCUGGCCAUUGGUCCUGAAGCACUCUGUGGAUGCUACCUACGAGGAUCAGGGCCCCAGCCCGGGCUUCCGCAUGGAGACAUCCAUCUUCUAUGUGGUCUACUUCGUGGUGUUCCCCUUCUUCUUCGUCAACAUAUUUGUGGCUUUGAUCAUCAUAACCUUUCAGGAGCAGGGAGACAAGGCCAUGUCGGAGUGUAGCCUGGAGAAGAACGAGAGAGCUUGUAUCGACUUUGCCAUCAACGCCAAACCGCUGACGAGAUACAUGCCAGAGAACAAACAGUCCUUCCAGUACAAGAUGUGGAAAUUUGUGGUGUCGCCUCCGUUCGAGUACGCCAUCAUGACUUUAAUCGCCCUCAACACUGUCGUGCUGAUGAUGAAGUUCUACGGAGCUCCAGACCUCUACGAGUCCAUGCUGAAAUACUUAAACAUCGUCUUCACAGCCCUCUUCACACUGGAGUGCGUCCUCAAGAUUAUUGCCUUCGGUCCACUGAACUACCUGAAAGCAGCGUGGAACGUGUUUGACUUUGUGACUGUGCUUGGAAGCAUCACCGACAUCUUGGUCACAGAGAUUAAGACGGACAAGAUGAUCAACCUGAGUUUUCUGAGGCUGUUCAGAGCUGCUCGUCUCAUCAAGCUGCUGCGGCAGGGCUACACCAUCCGCAUCCUGCUGUGGACCUUCGUUCAGUCCUUCAAGGCUCUGCCGUAUGUCUGCCUGCUCAUCGCUAUGCUGUUCUUCAUCUAUGCCAUCAUUGGAAUGCAGGUGUUUGGAAACAUCGAGCUGAAUGAGGACACCGCCAUAAAUCACCACAACAACUUCCAGACCUUUUUCCAGGCCUUGACGCUUCUCUUCAGGAGUGCGACAGGCGAGGCGUGGCAUGAGAUCAUGUUAUCGUGUCUCAGUAACCAACUGUGUGACAAGCUCUCAGGAACUCUAGGGAAGGAGUGUGGAAGUGACUUUGCCUACUUCUACUUUGUCUCCUUCAUCUUCCUCUGUUCCUUCCUGAUGCUGAACCUCUUUGUCGCUGUCAUCAUGGACAACUUUGAAUACCUGACCAGGGACGCCUCCAUUUUGGGGCCUCAUCACCUUGAUGAAUUCAUCCGUGUGUGGGCGGAGUACGACCCCGCUGCCUGCGGCCGCAUGAGUUACCGCGAUAUGUACAAGAUGCUUCGCGACAUGUCCCCUCCACUAGGUUUGGGAAAGAAAUGUCCACCCCGAAUCGCCUAUAAGCGAUUGGUGAAGAUGAACAUGCCCAUUGCAGAUGACAACACAGUGCAUUUCACCUCCACGCUGAUGGCCCUGAUCCGCACAGCCCUGGAGAUCAAACUGGCAUCUGGGGUCCUGGCGCAGCGUUUGUGCGACGCCGACUUGAAGAGGGAGAUAAGCCGAGUCUGGCCCAACCUGUCGCAGAAGACUGUUGACCUGCUGGUGACGCCACAUAAAUACAAUGAGCUGACCGUGGGGAAGGUCUACGCAGCGUUCAUGAUCUUUGAUUACUAUAAGCAGAAUCGUGCCAAGAGACUCCAGCAGCAGCAUCCUUCAGGAGGAACUCAGAGUAAACUGGGGGCGUUGUUCCGUCCUGUGCUGCCCCUCACUCACAUACAGGAAGUAGAACCACCAAUCUGCAGCCCCAAACAGCCCCUCCCAUCCGUCCCUGAACCAGAAGCUAAGCCACAGGCCCCGCCCACCACCACUGCCACCACCUCAAUAAACAGGGACACAAUCUUAAACCAGAGGAGUGCCAUAAAACAUUCCCAGUCCGGAGAUGUUUCUCAGGCAGCACAGAGGCCCAAAGGCCGGAGGAAACUACAGAGGGGCCAGUCAGAAGAUGUGCCAUAUUCCACCAGACCCCAGGAAGUGGUUGAGCUGAAACAGGUGGAGAACAUUUCCGAUACAGAGGAAUAUCCCAGCCUGGAAGGACACUACAGAGCAGCUUCUCUGCCCCGACUCAAUGCUGAAUACUACCGGAGCCACCCUCGCCACGCCCCUGGGACCCACCUGGCACCGAUUGUUGACCUCAGUCCUAUAAGACGCUCAGCCUCCUCGCUGACACCGCAGCGCCACCAGGAGGUCGGGCUGAGGGAGUAUGACCUGGAACGGCCUGGUCUGGCCCAGUCCUCAACUGGACCAGGGCAAGUCCAGGGCCAGGAUAGAGCCCACCAUCAUCACCACCACCACCGCUGCCAUCGACGCAGGGACAAGGACAAAGACAAGAAGCAAAAGUCCCUGGAUAGAGCUGCAUCAGUGCAACCGUCCAGUUCGUUUACCGACCCCUCAGCUGAAGGUCUGUCCAGAGAACGAGCGAGGGAGCGGGACCGCAGCCGGCCUCACGAGAGGAGGCACCACUCCUCGGCAGGAGAGAAGCAGCGCUACUACUCCUGUGAGCGUUACGGCAGCAGGGAGCAGUGUCACGCCAAGUCAGCUGGUCCCAGUAGAUCCACGUCUCCUGGAGAGGGACAGGACGCUGGUUUGCUCAAACAGGUUUACGGUGUGGUUAAAACUGGCCCUGUAACACUCCCCUCUGAUUCGAGCACGCCGGGCCGUGGUCGCAGGCAGCUGCCACAGACGCCCCUCACCCCUCGUCCCGCCGUGGCCUACAAGACCGCCAACUCCUCGCCUCUCCCGUCCAGUGCCAGCACUGGUACGACAGGGCACCAGACUCGCUUCAGCCGUGGCCUUUCAGAGCACGAUCGUUUACUUGGGGGCCACAGCGAGUCCCCGAUACCGGUCACCCGCAUCAGUUCGGACCCUAAUUUAAACCGACAGCUGCAGGACGCUUCUCAACAGGCCCUCCUCGAAGAGACAGAGGACUUCCAGGACGCUGUGAGCAGCCACGGAGGGGGACACUCUGCCAGAACCACUGCCUCAACUACAGCCUCAGCUUCACACGGAAAUGCUGCUGCGCCCGUCACAGUGCCCGUCACGCAGGCCCGGGCAGGGGUGGUGCCGAACGGGUACCACUUCACCCUGGGGGUCAACUCUGUGUUGGGACCUGGGGGCAGAGGGAGUCUCAGGGAGAGGGACGAAGAGGACUGGUGCUAA